GUGAUAAAUUAGUUUUAUAGUAAUUCUUAAGUUAUUGUUAUAUUUUUUUGAUUAUUAGUAUAUACAGAACAUAUAUUUCGAAAUGAAAAUUACGUUUAACUGUAAUUAAUCAAUAAAUGUAGUUUUUAAACGUUUUAGGUUUUUUGAUUUUAUGAAAGAUAAAAAUUUCGGGCUAGUUAGUACGUGGUUGACGGAUAAAUUUCCUAGAAGUGUCGGCGGAUAGAGAAUGAAGUAGCAUUUUCUUUAAAUCAGACGUUUGUUAAAUUAUCAAAAGCGCAUCUCGUUUACUUGAGCUCUUUUAGAACAAUGAGCACCAAAUUGGUGUUUUCGGGCACUUUGUCCAAGACAGAUCCCCAACAAAAACCAGUACUCAUUAUUGGACAACUCAAGCAUUUAGCACAACUUCCUUAUAAUGAGAUUAAGACCAAACUUGAACCAAGAGUUUCUGAGGAGGUUUAUAAAAUAGCAAUUCCUAGUUUACAUCCUUCACCUACUGACACCUGUUCUUUGUACUUAAACUUGGCUACUGUGGCAGCGUUGCCUGUUAAGUGUAGUCGUCAUAAUACACCUUCAAGAUCUCAUGCUAUAACAAGACUGAUUCAUAAUUGUAGUGUUGGAGUAGAUGAGAGUAUUGUGAUUCUUUGUGAACGAAGUGAUGUUUAUGCUAGUGCGUGUGCUGUUGCUCGAGCUUUUCCAUUGUACAGCAAGAAAACAUCAGCUGGUUAUGCAGAUGUAGUUACAGUUACUGUUGAGUUCAUUAUAAUGCCUAAUAAAGAGAUGGAAAAUUCCGAAUUUCCUGAACUUUCUGCAGAAGAACUUCAGGUUUUAGAGGAAGCUGCUUUUGGAGUUCGUUUAGCAGCCAGAAUAGUUGAUGCUCCUUGCGGUGACAUGAAUGUUGAUGCAUUUUUGCAGGAAAUUUCCACCAUUGGAAAAGGAUUAAACAUUACUCCUAAUAUCAUUCGAGGAGAAGAUCUCCGUGAGAAAGGAUUUGGUGGUAUUUAUGGUGUAGGAAAAUCAGCAACAUCACCCCCAGCUUUGGCAAUACUGAGUUAUACUCCUCCAGGUGCUACUGUAACUGUUGCAUGGGUUGGAAAAGGAAUUGUUUAUGAUACUGGUGGUUUAAGCAUCAAAGGAAAGACCGCAAUGCCAGGGAUGAAACGAGAUUGUGGAGGAGCCGCUGGAAUUUUAGGCGCAUUUCACGCCGCUGUUAAAGCGAAUUUUACUCAAAAUCUCCAUGCUGUGUUUUGUUUGGCAGAAAACUCAGUUGGGCCUCAAGCAACGCGACCUGAUGAUAUCCAUAAAUUAUACUCUGGUCGUACUGUUGAAAUUAACAACACAGAUGCUGAAGGUCGCUUAGUUUUGUCGGACGGCGUCGUUUAUGCUCAACGCGAUUUAAAGGCAAACAUAAUCCUUGAUAUGGCUACUUUAACAGGUGCUCAGGCCGUUGCUACAGGAAAAUAUCAUGCUGCUGUACUUACUAACAGCGCUGAUUGGGAGGAUUACACAAUGCACGCUGGGCAAGCUUCGGGAGAUUUGGUAUUUCCAAUUCCCUAUUGCCCAGAGUUGCAUUUCUCUGAGUUUGCUUCUGCUGUUGCUGAUAUGAAAAAUUCCGUGGCUGAUCGAAAUAACGCUCAAUCUUCGUGUGCUGGAUUGUUUAUUGCUGCGCAUUUAGGAUUUGAUUAUUCCGGUGUUUGGGUUCAUGUUGAUAUGGCUGCGCCAGUUCAUUGUGGUGAACGCGCAACUGGAUAUGGUGUAGCUUUAUUAACAACAUUAUUUGGAAGUUACAGUAAGCAUCCAUUGUUAAAGGCACUUGGCCCAGAUUUAGAUAUUCAAUUGGGAAACGCUACUAAGAAACUCAAAAAAUAUUGAUUUUUUAAUGUUAGUACAUCAUUUGGUUUAAAUCAAGAACAAAAAAUAAAAAAACAAAAAUCAUUUAUUAGAAUAUAAGGUACGUAUCCAAUGGAUUAUAGUUUCUUCUCAUUGUUAAGAACAAGAAAAACGUUAUAAAUAAAGAAUAUAUUUGAUUACGAAAUAUUUACUCUUGUAAUUGUGCGCAAUAAAAAUCGUUUUAAAGGA